UGCCAUCAAUUUAUCAGAAAGAAUUUUUUAAAUUUAUUAUUUUUGAAUUUUUAAAUCAUUAAGAAAUUUUCAAUUGUCGAUACUGAAGCAAAUGUCUGCUAAUUAUGCUAGUGGACUUUCUGAAUAUAAGAAUAAAGGAACCUGCGGUACAAAAGAGUUGAUCGAUAGCGAUAAAAAAUUGGCCCGAAAUACAAAAAUCUUGGCAGAAUGGAUUCGUGAAUCAAAACAUUGUGUAUUAUUUUGUGGUGCUGGAAUUAGUACUGCAGCUGGUAUUCCCGAUUUUCGUGGCCCGAAUGGUAUAUGGACAUUGGAAAAACGUGGGCAAAAACCGGAUGAAUCAAAGGUGAAAUCAUUUGAUCAAUGUAUUCCAACAUUUUCACAUCGUGCCAUCAUCACUAUGAUCAACAAGGGCUUCGUUAAACAUGUUGUUAGCCAAAAUAUUGAUGGGUUAUUUUUAAAGGCUGAUAUUGAUCGUGAAAAUCUAUCCGAAUUACAUGGAAACUAUUUCGUAGAUGAGUGUAUCGAAUGUCAUAGUCGUUUUAUUCGCAAUCGUCCAAGUCCGACAAUGGGCUGUAAAUUCACUGGUGAUAAAUGUGGCCAAUGUGAUGGCCUCAUUCACGAUACAAUUUUGGAUUGGGAACAAGAACUGCCUGAUGAUGAAUUCGAUCGUGCACAAAUCGAAUCUGAAAAAUGUGAUCUAGCCAUUUGUUUAGGCACAUCAUUACAAAUAGAACCAGCCAAUUUGUUGCCUUUAGAAGUGCUUAAAAAAUCAGAAAUUCAGUCUGAAAACACUGAUGUUUAUGAUCCGAAUGAUGAUCGUUUGAAUAAAUUGGUCAUUAUUAAUCUUCAACGAACCAAAUUCGAUCGUCACGCUGACCUUAUCAUACAUCAUUAUGUCGAUAAAGUGAUGGAAAUAAUUUGCCAACAAUUAAUGAUUCAAGUUGGUCCUUAUGAAUCGGCAUUAGAUCCAACAAAAUCCAGUCAUGAUCUUAUACCAUGGAAUCGAAAAGAUUUUAAACCAACUAACAAAUCUAGGAAUGAAUCAUCAUAAGUUUUUUCAUUUGAAUUAAAUAUUUAUUUGAAUAAUUUAAAUAAAAUCAAAAUUCAUUGUUUUCUACUAUUGAUGAGAUAACAAUUUGACAAAUGAAAAAAAACGAGAAAAUUGUCGAAAAAGAAAAAAAUGCACAAAAAACAAUUCAUCAAUAACA